AUGGCGCUCCCCCUGAUGUCUGCAAAAGUGCCCAAGAGCUCCAUUGAAGAGUACAUGAUGUUUUUUAGGCAUUGUACUAAGAGGUCUGCUGCUCAGUGGCAUGUGGUACUUAGAAGAACAUAUCCUCGAUUCCAGACUGGAUACAGAUUGUUUGAUAAGGAACUUGAGGAUGAAGAGGCAAGAACUAACUUCAGGAAGAAGUUCCUGAGUGUAAUGCUGCUUUGGGCCCUACCUUUUGGAGGUGGCACCUCUUGGAGAGAUGCAGAUGAUCUGGACCUGCACAAGGAUUGUAGAUGUGCAGUCCUGCACAAGGAUUGUAGAUGUGCAGUGAAUAAGAUAAACAACAGUGCAGAUGCUAUCUAUCCAUCCUGGGAGCCCAAUUCCUGCAGUUCUGCUGAGUUUGAUGCUUGGUGGAAGGCUAGGUUCAUUGGUCUGCCUGAUUCCAGUUCUGCCACGAAGACGAUCAAAGAUAUCAAUGCCCAAGUAAUUGAAGAUCCUUCUAUGACAAGGAACCUUGGGGGACAAGUUGUUCAGGUUGGAGAAGUGUUUGUUACUUCUAUCAUCACUAUUGGAGACUUGGAGCUCCCUUUUGGGGAUGAAGAAAAUCAGCAUGGAACUCUGGCAGAACAAUCAACUGUUGAGGUGACUCCUUUUGCCAGAAGGAACAAGAGAAAGGAGACUGCCCAGGCUCGGGACAGUGUUGUCUAA